UCGCCGCUUGCCCGCGCAGAGCGGACCCGGCCCCUUUGGUGGCGGCGGCGGCGGCGGCCGCAGCUGCGCGGGCCUCGGAUGCGCGGGCACGCGGGACGCCCAGCUGUCAAUCUCGCUCAGACUGAGCUUGGCGAGGCGGGAGCGGCAGCGGCGGCGGCGGCGGCGGCGGCGGCGAUGGGACCCCAGCGAGAGAUCUGCGGCUAGUUGGCUGCACUUGCUCCACGGGUCAGGGGAUCGGAGGGGGCAGGUUUGAAGAAUGCACUGUUAAAAAGAAAGCUCAAAGAGUAAACAAAUAAGAAGAGGAAGAGAAGGAUUUCAAAGCUGGGAAGGAUGAGUUCUUGCAGCAACAUCUGUGGGUCCAAGCAGGCACAGGCUGCUACUGAGGGUGGGUACCAGCGCUACGGAGUCCGGUCCUACCUGCACCAGUUUUAUGAGGACUGUACCACCUCAAUCUGGGAGUAUGAGGAUGAUUUCCAGAUCCAGAGAUCACCUAACAGGUGGAGCUCAGUAUUCUGGAAGGUCGGACUCAUCUCUGGCACAGUCUUCGUGAUUCUUGGAUUGACUGUUCUGGCAGUGGGCUUUCUUGUGCCCCCCAAAAUCGAAGCCUUUGGCGAAGCCGAUUUUGUGGUGGUUGACACUCAUGCUGUCCAGUUUAACGGAGCCCUUGACAUGUGCAAGCUGGCAGGAGCCGUUCUCUUCUGCAUUGGGGGCACGUCCAUGGCAGGGUGCCUGCUGAUGUCGGUGUUUGCAAAAAGCUACUCCAAAGAAGAAAAAUUCCUUCAGCAGAAGUUUAAAGAGCGAAUAGCAGACAUCAAGGCCCACACCCAGCCCGUUACAAAAGCUCCGGGCCCGGGGGAAACGAAGAUUCCAGUCACUUUGACCAGGGUUCAAAAUGUCCAGCCUAUAGCAGCAACCUGAAAGUUUUCCCACCUCAGUCCUCCCCUCUCUAAUUUACACACAGUGUUGAAACAGAGCAGGUCAGUUUUCAGGAUGACAGGGAUGUGUGGCGUUGACUUGCCCCAGGGCUAUGCUCGGCCAUGGGCAGUAGAGUGCGUGGGCUCACCCUCAUUCAAUUCAGGUGGGUCUGCUGAAGGUGGAUGCCGUGUGUGAACCUGUGCACAUGCACCCAGCUGCUUAAAGGGGUACUUCUGUGUGCCCUCCUGGAGCCCUCUGGAACUCCCCUCUCAUAUAUUGUGACUUUGUGUCAUUUUCCGUGUUGUUGGAAAGCGCUGCAGUUUAGACCAGCCGACCAAUGGCCAAGAUGGUCCAUUUCAUUUUUGAAUAUUGGUUUUUCUAAUCUUUCUUGUGUGGUGCUGCCCUCCAUUCCUGUCUCACUGCGUAUAAGAUAUUGUUGUGUGUGUUCAUAGAAAAAGCAAAUGCCCUGAUUUUGACCCAAACAUUAGUCUUUUAACUAUAUCUUAACAUGAAGUUCCUGAGAUUGGAUACAAAUUUAUCAGAGUUGGCAGCAAAGCUUUUUUGUUUUUUCCACUUUUUUUACUCAAAAGGCUAAAAUUGCCAACUUUAGAAUCUUGGGAGAGAAAUUAAUGCUAGGAAUAGGUAUUUAUGCAGUGUCUAAAAGCACUGAAUUAGAAGCCAGGAAAUUUGAGUUCCUACCACUGACUAGCUGUGUGAUCUUGGGGAAAUUAACCUCCUGGGCCUCAGUUUCCCCAUCUGGAUAAUGGGGGUCCUGGACUAUGAUGUCUGAGAUUCGUUUUUCGCCAUAUGUCAUCAUGUCUCUGCCAUCAAGGAUGUUUGCAAUGUCCUUGUGGCUCUCACCGCGGUGGAAUUCUCUCAGACCUGGACUCCCAGAAGUUUGCCAAGUCAGCAGCCUCCUCGCUACCUACUCUUAAAUAUCCAACCCCAGCAGAUUAUACAAUGCUGUCAUAUUUUUAUAAAGACAAAAGCAAGCCAUCCUCAAGUAAGAAACCCGGAGCGGAGAUUAACCUUAAAAAGGAUUUUCUUUCUCAAAUGAGACAUUUUAUUCUCCAGCAAAAUGUUCAUCUCACCCCUUUGCACUUUUAUUUAAUCUGUAGAUUUAAAUUAGACUGAGGAAAAUGGGACACGUGACCUUGGUCUUCUCUCAGCAUUUGUGCCACCUUCAAGUUCUGUCUUUUUUUUCCUUUCUUCACUGGAUAAAUAAAAUAUGUGAACGAACAGAA